AUGAUUGCCUGUAAACUCUUCAUCACUUUGGGAGUCUCCUUGUCCGUCAAUGCUUUCAAUCUUUAUGAGCCUGGGACUGACAAGGAUGUGACAAAAGCCUGCGAUAAGGCCAUGUCAGCGGACAUCGAUUGCGACAGAGAGGUCAUUAGCUUUCUCAACGGAGGCUGGUACGGCUCUCUUGAGAGUGAAGAAUUGACCGAUGCGGUUUGCACCAAAGCCUGCUCUCAGUCACUCCAGGACUGGAUCGCCAAUGUCUCCAAGGAUUGUGAGGAUGAAGCCAAAGCCAAAGCUGUUGGUCGUAUCUCGACAGGCUGGAAUGCGACUUGUCUGAAAGACACUAAGACAGGACGAUACUGCAAUGCAGAUUUCACUGAUGUCGGGGAUGACGGAGAACUCCCGCAUGAUGAGCUUUGCCAUCCUUGUUAUGUAAAGCGGCUCGAGAUGUACAAACCUACCCCGUACGCCCUCAACAUCAAAUGGCACGAAGAGCAGCUUGAGCUCGUGCACAAGAAGUGCGGUAGCUCAACAUCCACCGAGACUGCCGUGCCCAGUUCAAGUAAGAGUGAAACAUCAGAGGCUGUGACUACAGCAGAGGCCUCGAAGGCUUCUCAAACGGCCAACAGCGAGGAAGAGUCUCUAUCGUCCACUGUGUCCUCAGUACAGACCAUGUCAUCUGAGGCUACUACAUCAUCUACACCCAAUGCAGCCGCUAAGGCUGGACAGGGAGAGCUGUUCGGAUCUCGGGUUCUGGUGGCUCUUUUGUCGGUGAACCUCUUCUUCAUGUAG